AUGGGUAAUAUUGUAUCUUGUUGUUCACUAGACGAUAAUAAAAAAAAUAUAAAUGAAGACGAAAUUUUAGAAAAGUUCUCAAAUAAUGAAAUAAAUGAAUUUAAAAAGAGAUUAAAAAAUAAUAUACAAAUAGUUGUUUUACUGCAGGAUGGUACGAAAUUACCUUGCAAUUUACAAGCUAACUUUCAUGAAAAGACAUUAUGCAUAUCAUGCCAACAAAAAGUAAGAAUGAUAAAUUUCAGUGAUAUACGAUCCUUGUUAUAUGGAGAAGAACAAUUAAAACGUGUAGAGACUCAAGCAAAUUUAAUAAAUGAUAACUGCUGCUUAGCUUUACAUUUAGAUGAUAGUGGUAAUUGUAUACCUAUAAAAUUUGGAUCAGUGAAGGAAAAAAAUUUAUUUAUUUUUGUUAUGAAGGAUUACAAAAAAAAUUCUUAG